AUAAAAAUCUACGUAUUCUUUCACUGGAUAAGCCAACUGCUAUGGUCGUUACACUUAUCAUCAACUGAAAACCGAACACCUUCAAAAAAAUCCAUUAAUGGAGACUCUAAACCCCACUAAACCCUCGACCCCAUUUCUUCUUAAAACCCAUUUUCUCAAAUCACCUCCUGUUAUUAACUCCACCUUCAUCAAAUUAAAGCCCCAAAUUCACAGUCUUUGCCAUAGAAAAACUCUUUCUUUAACCAUAACUUGCAAACUGAAAACUUCUAAAGAAAUCAAGAAAAAAGACAAUAAUGUGUCAGGAAAGAUUCUACUAUCAAAUUCAGCUCCGCCAGUAUCAGAGGAGAGUGGGGACUUGGAUGGGAAGGUUCCGGAGAAGGCAGGAAGUGGAGGUAGCGGAGGUGGAGGUGGACCGUUGGGUUUCAUGAAGAGGCUGCCUAGAAGGGUUUUGGCCGUUUUGUCUAAUUUGCCCUUGGCUAUUGGAGAAAUGUUUGUUAUUGCUGCUCUAAUGGCUCUAGGUACUUUCAUUGAUCAAGGUGAGACUCCAGAAUUCUAUUUCCAAAAAUUUCCCGAAGAGAAUCCUGUGUUAGGAUUUUUCACUUGGAGAUGGAUUCUCACCCUUGGAUUUGAUCACAUGUUCUCAUCUCCGGUGUUCUUGGGAAUGUUGGCUCUCCUGGGAACAUCUCUUAUGGCUUGCACUUACACAACGCAAAUCCCUCUGGUUAAGGUUGCAAGAAGGUGGAAUUUUUUGCUUUCGUCUGAAGCUAUUCGUAAGCAGGAAUAUUCAGACACUUUGCCAAGCGCAUCCAUUCAAGAUUUGGGUGUUAUUCUGAUGGGAGCUGGAUAUGAGGUAUUCCUGAAAGGACCAUCUCUAUAUGCAUUCAAGGGUCUGGCUGGUCGGUUUGCUCCUAUUGGAGUACAUUUAGCCAUGUUGCUUAUAAUGGCAGGGGGGACUCUUACUGCUGCUGGCAGCUUCAGAGGCUCAGUCACUGUUCCACAGGGGUUGAAUUUUGUCGUAGGUGAUGUACUGGGUCCAUCUGGGUUUCUUUCCACUCCAACUGAAGCUUUCAAUACAGAGGUUCAUGUCAACAAAUUCUACAUGGAAUACUAUGAUAGUGGAGAGGUGUCACAAUUUUACAGUGAUCUUUCACUGUUUGAUCUUGAUGGAAAGGAGGUGUUGAGGAAAACAAUAAGUGUAAACAACCCUUUACGCUAUGGUGGGAUCACAAUAUACCAAACAGACUGGAGCUUUUCUGCCUUACAGAUACUUAAAAAUGAUGAAGGACCUUUCAAUUUGGCUAUGGCACCUCUGAAGGUCAAUGGUGACAAGAAACUUUUUGGAACCUUCUUACCAGUUGGGGAUGUUAAUUCUCCUAAUGUCAAAGGAAUAUCAAUGCUUGCCCGUGAUCUGCAAUCCAUUGUCCUAUAUGAUCAAGAAGGAAAAUUUGUUGGAGUUCGACGACCUAAUUCUAAGCUUCCAAUUGAAAUAGAUGGAACAAGAAUUAUCAUUGAAGAUGCAAUAGGAAGUACUGGUCUUGAACUGAAGACUGAUCCAGGGGUGCCUGUUGUGUAUGCUGGAUUUGGUUUUCUAAUGCUCACAACUUGCAUCAGUUACUUGUCUCACUCACAGGUAUGGGCUUUGCAAGAUGGAACAGCAGUGAUUGUUGGAGGAAAGAGUAACCGAGCAAAGGCUAUAUUCGAAGAUGAGGUAAAUCGCUUGCUCGAUAAUGUUCCUGAGAUAGUUGAAUCAGCAUCUUCUCUUUCUAAGCAGUUUGAUAUCAAAAGUGACUAGUUUUUAAAGAAUCACAGAAAGAGGAUCACCUAACAUUCAAAUUUUUUUGGUGGAACCGAGAUAAGAAGUGUACGAAUCCAAUUUAUUCGGUUCUUCAACUUCAUAUAUUGAUGACAGCUCCAUCUGAGCACAGUUCAUAGAAUAUCCUUUUCUGAAUGUAUAUAUAGUUACUGGCAUUACCGAGUAUAUACACACUUAUAUUUGUAAUGAAAGGGCUGGGGUUAUAGACAGGACGGCUACCCUCUGCUAUGUAGCUUGAGCAAGAUGGGAGCUUAUACUCGAGCUUGACAUUGAAGGUUGUUUUUCAGCUUGCAGAUCGAACAAUUUUGUAUUAAACACAUUUAGUUCAUAAUUCAAAGUGAUUGAUUCAUUUGAAUAUACUA